CCAAGUCACAACAUCCCGCCUCUCGAGCUCGUCAAAGAUCUUGCGAGCUUCCAAGACGCUCCCACACCUCGCGUACAUGCUCACGAGAGCGCUGGCCACGAACUUAUCUUUGCUUUGCCGGCUCGCCAUCGCUCGAGCGUGAAUCUCUCGGCCCUCGACGAGGGUCUUGCAUUGCUUGAGCGAGGCAAGCAAGCCAAGAACACUGGAUUCGUGCCUUUGCUGUGGAGCUAUGACGAUGGAAAGCCCGCGACUAGAGAGGAGAAAAUGCCCACCUUGGAGAACUAAGCUUCUUCGUCUUCCAGAAUGCAUAGAUUUAGAGAGAGCUACUCACCUCCAUAGACAAACUCUCUAGUCAACUGCCCUAAGAUGCUUUGCUUGUCAUUUCUUUGUCGUGGAAUGCACUGCAUAGGUUCCUUGUCCCCACAUUCGUGGAGCUCGUGGAGCUCGCAAGUUCUUCUUUGUUUUUCCUCGCCAUGGCUCUAUGCAGAUCUGACACGCUCGUGUGGUGGACACUCCUGGGAGUGGUGUGUGGAAUCGGUUUAGGAGCUGCGCUCUACAGAGCCCACUGCUCCGACUUGACGAUUAAGCUCAUAGGAUAUCCUGGCGAAUUGUAUCUUCGAGCACUGCAGCAGCUCGUUUUGCCAUUGAUUGUCUUCGCUCUAAUGUCCGGAGUCUUCAGCUUGAGACACACUCAGCAUGGCGUUGGAAGAAUCACGCGGUGGUCGCUCUUUUACUACCUCAUAUCAAUGCUACUGGCUGUGGUAGUCGGGAUCACUCUGGUUUACUUGAUCAAGCCAGGCCAGUCUCGACCAUUUAGCACCACCAAUGACAAAUGCACUAGGAACAACAUUACAAUCACCUCGGUUUCUCUGCAAGAAAACGCAGCUGCCACUUUGGUGGAGCCACUUUUGCAGAUUGGCCGAGAUCUUAUCCCAACAAAUUUUGUUGCCGCUGCUGCUAAAUCAGAUUAUCUUGGCAUGGUUGCCUUCGCUAUCGUAUUUUCGUUCUUCGUCAAUACUUUCGGCGAGAAAGCAGAUUCAUUAGUCCAGUUGGUUGAGCUUUGCAAUGCAAUUAUAAUGAAGAUUAUUUUCGCAGUUAUCACCUUGACUCCAAUCGGAGUUGCGUCACUGACCGCAAACGCGCUCUUGAAAGCUUGCGACGUCUUUCGCUUGCUCAAGGCUCUUGGGCUAUUCGUCGGGACGGUCUUAGGUGGUUUGAUGCUACACUCUUUAAUUCUUCUUCCUCUCAUGGUCAUGCUGCUCUCGCGAAGAAAUCCCUUCAAUGCUCUCAACUUUGAUCAUGGGUCUAGGAACAUCGUCCGGCGCGGUGACAAUGCCAGUGACAAUGAACUGUGCCGUGGCCUCAGGCUGCGAUCCAAACUUAGUUCGCUUCGUCAUUCCUCUGGGAACAAAUAUCAAUCGCGAUGGAUCCGCACUAUACGAAGCAGUCUCUGUACUGUUUAUCUGUCAAGCUCAUGGCCUCGAUUUACCACCAGCGAAGCUGUUUGUUCUUGCGAUUGCGGCAACUCUUGCUGCGGUUGGCUGCGGUCCGGUCCCAAAUUCUGGCCUACUUACGAUGAUUGUUGCUCUUCAGGUGGACCAACUUUAAGAAACAGAACUUUGGGAAAUCUUGAUGUUCUUCGUGGUUUUGUCUACAGUCGAUUGGAUACUCCCAAUUCGUGGGAGAUGUUUCACUUCUCUACGCAGUGGAUUGGCUGCUGUGUGCCGUCCGCACUUCUGUCAACAUUUGGGGAGAUGGAUGUGCGUGUUUGAUCGUGGAUGCGUGGAACAAACGCUACGUCGAUCCAAAGUCCAAUCUGGAAGAGAUUAGAGAACCACUCCUUUCGAGUGAUUCCAUUGACUUUUAGCUUUGGAACUUGUACAGUGGAAAUUUUUAUUCGGGAACAAGUAAAUAGCGCCUCGCUUUUAUUUUU